AUGGGUUUGACAAUUUCAUCACUUUUUCAACAAUUAUUUGGCAAAAAACAAAUGCGUAUUUUAAUGGUUGGUCUUGAUGCAGCUGGUAAAACAACAAUACUCUAUAAACUUAAAUUAGGUGAAAUUGUAACAACAAUUCCAACAAUUGGUUUUAAUGUUGAAACAGUUGAAUAUAAAAAUAUUAGUUUUACUGUUUGGGAUGUUGGUGGCCAAGAUAAAAUUCGUCCAUUAUGGAGACAUUAUUUUCAAAAUACUCAAGGUCUUAUUUUUGUUGUCGAUAGCAAUGAUCGUGAACGUAUUGGUGAAGCACGUGAAGAACUUCAACGAAUGCUUUCCGAAGAUGAACUUCGAGAUGCUACUUUACUUAUUUUUGCUAAUAAACAAGAUUUACCAAAUGCAAUGAAUGCAGCCGAAAUAACAGAUAAAUUAGGUCUUCAUUCAUUACGUAAUCGUAAUUGGUAUAUUCAAGCAGCAUGUGCCACAAGUGGUGAUGGUCUUUAUGAAGGUCUUGAUUGGUUAUCGAAUCAAUUAAAAAAUGUGAAAUAA